AUGACCGUCAUCUGGGGCCUCGAUCUCCACGAGAUCCAUUACAGCAAGUUCAAGUCCUCGUACAUGUUCAACCGGGCCUACCAUCUGCGCCGCACAAAAAUGAUCGUCUACCAACUCGCUAUGAUCCUCUGCGUGUGCUCGGAAUCUGUCGGAACUGCUGCAUUCUCAGACUACCUCGACCAGCAAAGCGAAGUCCAAGGCCAACACCCCGGCGUGAAAAUCCACAAUAACGGCUUCAUCGGCGCGGCCUCGUAUAAUAUCUUCGUUGGAAUCGCGGUCGCGUUUAUCUUUGGGGCGGCGUUCUUCUUCGAUCUGUUCUGGCCCGAGCGUCAUGAGUGUAAACAUGUCCGUGUCUCGUGGAAGAUUUCGGCGGUUGUUGUGACGGUUAUGAUGUUGAGUUCGGCUUUGACACUGACGUGCAUUGGGGCUCUGCAUGAUGCGGUAGUUACCGGGACGGAUCCUGUCACUGCGCAGACUUUUAGGCUUGAAGCUACCAAGCAGCCUACUUAUAAUUACCGCCAUAACCCCAAAGUGGUUGCCGCUGUCGUUCUCGCCUGGCCGGGAUGGGUGUUUUGCGUUGUGAGUACUAUUAUCCUAUUCAUGUCCCAGAAACACGACGAUCAAUUCGGUCCCAAGUCGAACUACGGCCGAUCCCUUGAAAACGGGGAUAAAGAAGCAAGAGCAGGCGUUGAGUCGGAAUAG